AUGGAGCAGGCCCGUCCCCUCAAACACACGGACAUUGAUACAAAGGGUCCAAUGUAUCAUUGCCUCUCCGCUAUUCAGACCUCCUUCUGGAAACUGUAUCAGAGUGGCAGGUUUGCCGACUUCACUGUGACCUGUCGAGGUCGAACGUUUCGUCUGCAUAGGGCUAUACCUAGUGGAGGCGAUGACAUGCUUCCUAUGCGUUUGGCACUGACAAUCACCGAGCCGGACCCGAAAAGAGGAACAGUCAAUACGCCCAAUGUUGACGAGGUCAAUAUUGACGAGGAUCCCAAGCUUAUGGAGCUGCUAUUCCAGUUCCUGUACUUGGGAAAUUACUCGGACGGAGAGUACUCUGGCGAAAUCCCGUCGAUUCAGGGAGUCAUGGAUGCAAAGGAGAUCCAGGAAGAGACGCUGCUAAAUGUUCCAGAUACCAUCCAUACGAUGGACUUUGAGGCGGGGAGGGAGGAAGAUGAACUCACCGUGGAAAGUGAAUCCUGGGGCAGUGCUCAUGACUCGAACCCCUUUGAAGAAUCUGGAGACGAAGAAGAGUACGACUCUGACAACUCCGAAGAGGAAAAGCCUAUAACAAAGGACGAGAUGUGCGAUGCUGUAUACUACCCGUCAGCCUUGCGCACGUCUGUCCAGUUGUACGUCCUGGCGGACAAAUACAAGAUUCCUGUUCUUUGUCAGCUGGCGCAAGAAAGAUUCAUGCGCUCUGCCGAGAACCCGCGGAUGAAGAUCGACGACUUCUACAAUAUCAUUGACACAGUAUGCACCUACACCCCGGCAGGCGAUCCUUUGCGGCAGUUUGUGUGCAACAUCAUCUCGCCCCAGUACUAUAGCGACAGCGAUAUUCGAUCAAGCAUGCAACGGACGAUGGAAAAGCACCCGGACUUUGCAGCUCUAAUGAUGAACAGUAUCUGUACUUUGGCAAAGAAUGACGAACUUACUAAACGUCUUCGGGAUCUUGCUGAAGAAGAAGAAGAAGAAUAA